CGACGGAAGACAGGUUUUCCCGUGUUAGGCGCUGUGAGCAGCAGCAGCGGCAGCAUGCCCAUGGCGACUCUUGCCCUUGGUGUCCCCCACACGACGCGGACUGACAACAGCGUCACAUGCGAGUAUGCGCAGCAGGUGGCGUGUGACGCAUCCCUCCUCUGGGAGAAACUCGAGGAAAAGACUGAGGCGCCGGUAGGAGGCACAUCCAAUCCACCAAACACGACUUUCCCCGGGGCAUCUGUGCUCACUUUGAUCUGCACACAUGUGCGCUUGUCUGGUCGCAGGAGAAGACGUAAGCCAUGCCGACGAGCAAAUGAUGGACUCCCGCAUCCAUCCUUGCUCACCGGCGUGUCUUUUCUUUCCUCUCUUGUGUGUCGUACGUUAUUGGACAGGCUGCCGGUGAGUGACGUGCAGGUGCUGAGCAGGGAAGGCAACACGCUGGUGCGGAGCAUGCGGCUGGGCGGCGGACUGCCCAUCAAGGAAAAGAUCACCAUCGACGAACCCAACAAGAUCAUCACAUUCGGUACGCCCUCCACGCACCUAGACCCCCCCACACACACGAGGCAGCACAUGCACCCAUGUUUCCUCCAUCCGUGUGUGUUGCGAUUGCAGCCAUGGCUGAGGACUCCCCCGACAUCAAGGGCCAGGUGACCAACGCCAUGACGCCUGCUCCCAGCGGCAAGCCGACCGAGUGGAUACUGACAUACAAGCUCGAGUGGACGGCCAAGAGCGACGCCGGCAAGAAGCAGAUCGAGAACUACCAGCCCGAGUCGCUGCAGAUGGGCGUUGAGAAGAUGAAGGAGAUCUGCGAGAGCUGGCAGGCGCAGGCGAUGCAGGGAAUGGUCGGCUGAUGGAUCGAAACAUGGGCUUUUUGAUGGAUGGAUGGAUGGCGCGGGACGGCGCAGCCACCUGCGUGUGUUUUUGUCGCGUGCAUGCGUGAGUGUCUGUCUGUCUGCCUGUCUGUGACGUGACGGGUGCGGAGAUCAAAAGGAUGGUCGAGCACUCAGGUUUUGGAGAUGCCGUGUCGUGCUGCUGGCAUGUUUUGGUCUGGCUGAUUUUCUUUAUUCAUUGAUUCACUCUGUCUGUGACUGUGUCCACGUUUCUGAUGCCAUGGGGCGGGCAUGUUUCUAUGUUGUGUGUGGACUAUCUAUCGCUCCUGUGAGUCGGGUGCUAUUGUCUCUGAUGGACAGGAAGCUCUCAUCGGUUCAGGACGACUGACGAGGGCAUCCUGUCCAGCAUCGGCAUGAGCACCCAACACAGAGAAGAACUGUCGAGUUGUCUCGAAGCUUCCAUCGAGAACACCGAUCUUCAUUCAACAACACUCGUCUCGAC